UGUGUGUGUGUGUGUGUGUGUGUGUGUGUGUGUUCAGGAUCAUGUGAUGUGUGUCAGCUGUGGUUGUGGGAACCCAGCUCAGGCCUCCAGAUGUGUGACCUGUGAGAGCCGCCUGCAGCCGGCGGUGUGUGUGGGCAGCAGCGCCCCCUCUGGCAGGAUGUUGAGCUGCUCUCGGUGUAAACGGUUGAACCGCUCUGACGCCAGAUUCUGCGACUGGUGCGGCUCCAAGGGUCAUGCAGUCAGCUGUGUGUUGUGUUGGCGCUGUGGAGCGAGUGCCCCCCCGAACGCCUCGUACUGCCCCGCCUGCAGCACCUUCCUUCAGGCUCCGCCCCCCCGAACAUCCCGUAGUGACAUCACAACGCCUGUCGAGGGCUUCAAGGCCAAACAGGCUUCAGCACCGACUUCCCAUGAUGCAACCUUGCUCUCCAAAGGCCCCGCCCCCCGCAAAAAGAUGGCCCCGCCCACUGCUGAGUGCUCCACUCAGACUGUUGGACUCUAUUACCCAUCAGCCACCGAGCUGCAGAGGAAGGAGCAACAGAGAGAGAAACGCAGCAAAACAAACGCAGAGCGGCAACCGGCGAGCGCCGUCAGCCCGGGGAGAGGUGAGGACUACAAAACUACAGAACUACAAAACUACAGAACUACAAAACUACAGAACUACAAAACUACAGAACUACAAGACUACAAAACUACAGAACUACAAAACUACAAAACUACAGAACUACAAAACUACAAAACCACAAGACUACAAAACUACAGAACUACAAAACUACAAAACUACAGAACUACAUAA